UGUCUCGCUGCAAUGUGGUUUUCCUCUCAGGGAAGCACUCAAGCUCUGAAUUUUCAGUCUGGCUUACACAUGCUGUCAGAAGCUAGUGGGAGACAGUUUUCUUUUUAAAGCAGAAAAGAGGACAAGCUUUUACUGUUCUGUAGACUGAGCUAUUUGGGAAGAAAAUGAAGAGUACUGCCAGGCCUUGGACUGCAAUGGCAAAACAAGGGAGUCAUGGGGUUGACAGAGGAAAACCGCUUUCCACCACCUCAACAGGAAUGAAGACAUCCAAGUCCUCAACUUCGCUUGCCUUUGAGUCUCGGCUCAGCAAGCUGAAGAGGGCCAGCAGCGACGACAUGCUGACAAAACCAGGGGUGACAGCAGCGUCUGGAGUCUCUCGACUGAAGAAGACCAUUACAACAGGAGCAAUUUCUGAGCUUGCUGAGAGUCGACUGAAGCCCAGCACAGGAACAGUUUCAGCUGCGAAGCGCACGGGGAUUCCAGCACCUCGGGAAAUAUCAUCAUCUGUGUCCAGAGAGAGAGCUGUAUUACGUGGUCAAGCCACUACCAGGAAAACACAACCCAGCCCCACCUCUUCUGGUACACCAACUCCUACCAAACACGUGCGCCCCACUAGCAAGUCCAAGCAAGAGAAUGAAAGUGGUGACAAGGCUGUUCUGGAAUCUCAGGUUAAAGAGCUCCUGGCAGAAGCAAAGACAAAAGAUUCAGAAAUCACCAAACUCCGUUGUGAACUGAAGAAAUGCAAAGAGAAAGGGUCACUUAAUGCUGAAGGAAUGGGUGCUUCCAACCAAAAUUUAGAAACGGUAUCUCCUGUUGACAUAGAUCCAUUAAUAAGGACCCUUCAGGAAAAAAACAGGACUUUUCAAAAAGAGCUUGCUAGCCUGGGAGAAGAAAAUCGUGUUUUGAAAGAGAAAUUACUGUAUCUAGAGAACUCUCCUCUCUCAGACACAACAACAAGCAGUGGAGGUGACAGCAGCCUCCCUACCCCAACUACCCAAGAAUCUAGUUUUGGAAGCCCAUCAAAAAAUGUGUCAAGAGGUGAAUUGGAGGAGCACAGGCAGCGUGCGAAUGGGGGUGCACUGCGCAACUCAGGUUCUUCCAGCAGUGAUGUCACGAAAGCUUCCUUGUCACCUGAUGCAUCUGAUUUUGAGCACAUAGCAGAUGUACCUUCCAGGCCAGCAUCCUCCAGCAGCAACCACUUCAAAGGUUCCAAAUGCUCCACUACAGGAAGUUCCCCAAACAAUAUUAGUGACCUUUCUGUUGCAUCUCUUACAGAGAGAAUACAAAAAAUGGAGGAAAACCACCACAGCACAGCAGAAGAGUUACAAGCCACUCUGCAGGAGCUGUCGGAUCAACAGCAAAUGGUGCAGGAGUUGACAACAGAAAAUGAGAAGCUAGUGGAAGAGAAAGCUCUCCUGGAGACUUCCUUUCGUCAACAUAGAGAUAGAGCAGAACAGCUGAGCCAAGAAAAUGAGAAGCUAAUGUCUCUCCUCCAAGAGCGAUCCAAGAACGAAGAAAGCAGAGCUCAGGAGGGGAAGGUCCUUGAACUGGAACAGAAAUGUGCAGAAGUUCUUGAAAAAGCACAAUUUGAAAGAGAGAAACUGCUCAACAUUCAGCAACAGUUAACCAGCAGCCUGCGGAGCUUAGAAAGGGAGCAUCAAGACGCCCAGCAGAUGAUUAAAAGCUUGAGAGAUGAAAAUGAGAAACUGCUUAAACUUUUAGAAGCGGAACAGCAGAGCAACAGCACAGCGACCAAAACUCUGGAGGACUGUAAAAUUGCCUUGGAAGGUCUAAAAAUUGAGAACGGUUCUCUCAAAACUCAGUUGGAGAGUGAGAAACAAAAGGCCGCAGAAAUCAACGCGAUGGGAUGUACCACUGACAACUCUGAGGUGCAAGAGAUGCUGAAAGUAGCCCACGCAGAAAAGGAUCAGUUAGAAGCGUCUUGCACGGAGCUGAAACAGGAGCUGCUGAAGGCAAACAGUGAACUGAAGCACAUUCAGGGUCUGCUGUCUAAGGCUGAGAAUGAGUGUGGUCAGCUGAAGGAGCUGUGUGACCGGCAGGCUGAGCAGCUGAGCAGAACCAACCAGAAGCUGCAGGAAAAAACAUCGGAGAAUGAAGCAGAUAUAAAAAACCUGAAAGAGACCAUUUUUGAGUUGGAGGACCAGGUGGAACAACAUCGUGCUAUAAAACUUCACAAUAACCAGCUCAUCAGUGACCUAGAAAGUAAAGCAAUGAAGCUGGAAGAACAAAAACAAGAUACAGAGAGGCAGCUGAAGGCUCUGACUAAACAAAUGAAGGAAGAUACGGAAGAGUGGAAGCGUUUUCAAGCUGAUCUGCAGACUGCGGUGGUUGUAGCCAAUGAUAUUAAAUGUGAAGCCCAGCAGGAGCUCCGAGUGGUAAAGAGGAAGCUUCAGGAGGAAGAGGAGAAGAGUGCCAGGCUGCAGAAGGAGCUGGAUGAAGUGAAGGGCAGCAACAGGCUGACAGUUGAAGAGGUAGAACCUCUAGAGGCAGAUACAGCCAACCGCUGGCAAGGAGUCUGCAUUAGCAGAGCAUCUCCCACACCGUCAGAAUCUGCAGCCACUGUGAAGUCACUGAUAAAAUCAUUUGACUUAGGAUGCUCAGGUACCACUGGACAAAAUAUCACGGUUCACAAGGUCCCCAGGAGCCCUCUAAGUGGAAUUCCAGUGAGGACAGCCCCAGCAGCUGCUGUUUCCCCCAUGCAGAGACAUUCUGUUUAUAAUAAUGCCAAGCCAGCCAGCAAAGGUGUUGCCAGACACACAGAUCUUUCAGACCUUCCUCUUGCAGACCUUCUGAAGGGGAGAAAUGAAGAGCUGAAACCAGAUCCUUACCUCCGUAAAAGCCCCUCCCUGGAAUCCCUGAGCAAACCCCCUAUGGCCUUCAGCAGCAGAAUGCUCACCUCUACCCCCAGCAGCCUGAAACCCCAAAGCAAGCUCAGUGUGGAGAGAAAGGACCCACUGGCAGCGCUGGCUCGGGAGUAUGGUGGUUCGAAGAGGAAUGCUCUCUUGAAAUGGUGCCAAAAGAAGACUGAAGGUUACCAGAAUAUUGAUAUUACCAACUUCAGCAGUAGCUGGAGUGAUGGGCUUGCCUUCUGCGCUCUCCUGCACACGUAUUUGCCUGCACAUAUCCCUUACCAGGAGCUCAACAGCCAGGAUAAAAAGAGAAAUCUGCUGUUAGCAUUUCAAGCUGCUGAAAGUGUAGGCAUCAAACCCAGCCUGGAACUCAGUGAGAUGAUGUACACAGACCGGCCAGACUGGCAGAGCGUGAUGCAGUACGUCGCCCAAAUUUACAAGUACUUUGAGACCUGAAAAGCAGAGCAAGAGGUGGACAGAAGUGGGGAAGAGAACAAAGAAUGCUACAGAUGCACUCGAUCACUUUAAAAAUCCACUUGCUCCUCUUCCACAACCAACCUAAGCUCUUAGUUUGAAAGAAAGCUCUUCCAUGAUUUUGAUUACGUCUGGGACUGCAACCAAAUAAAUACCUAUCAUCCAUCUAUACAAACCAAAUUCAUCUGUAAUUUUAUUCCCAGGUGGAAAUUGCAAAGCGUUUUCAAACACGCAUGGGAUAUUUCUGAAGAGGAUCCCUCGUGCUAAACAAUGUUUGCCUCAAACUAGACUCCACCAACAGGAGACCUGCUACAAAAUGAAGUUCUAAAUCAAUGUGGACUAUGCUGGCACUCAAGGGGGGCUGGGAGAUUAAUAUUAAAUACAAAAGCUCACAAAAAUGCUCUUCUUGCCAAAACAUGCUUAACUCAUCCCAAAAUCCAUGUUGUUUUCUUGCCUCCAUAUAUUUUAUAAAACAUCAUGACAGAUGCACACGAUUGUGGAGAACCUUAACCUGAGUUAUUCUCAGCCUCUGACCCAGUAAGUGUUCUAGUUUGCUUGUCAUAGCUUAACCAGCAGGAUAAUAAACAGGAUCAUUUGUAACUCAGAAACCACGCUCUGUUCCAUCACCAGUUAGUGAAAGAACUCUAAAAAGAUCCUGUUAAGUGCUGGGACUUCAUGUCAGAUCAAACAGAGCUUAAUCUCUUUGAGGAAAAAUAGCUUUAUUACUACAACUUCAUUACUUGAUUACUGCGGGAAGCCAGAGCCUGGUUUCCCAGCUGACUGUGCAGGCACAGUUAUUAUAGGAAUAUUGCAAAUGCAAUUUAUUAGCUUCAGUUUGCAAGGUACCGGUAAUCAGGUGAUGACUCUCUAAGCAAUACAGUGACAUCUCAGUAGUUCAUAUUUUUGUGGAUUGAGUGGAGUAACUUCUUCUCUGUCGAUCCUGUAUAAUCAGCACAGAUAUGUAAUUGCUGUGCAGAGGGUUGAAUCUCAAGACAGCCUUUGCCCUGUCCAAUGAACUGUGAUGUUACCCUGUAAAGGAACACAGCAAUAUUAGCACCAAUGGAAGUUGCAACUUCACUCCACAAGUUACAAAGAAUGUAACCGGAACUCCUCUCUGUGUUACGGAAAUCUCUAAGGCGCCAGAGAAGAGCUUUCCAGCUCAAUAAUGCUGUUACUAAAAUGUCUGAAAGGUACUGAUUAAUUUCCAUUAUACCAUUUCUCUUAUUUCACUUCAUGAAGUUAAAGUUUCUGUUUGUCUCCAAGGAUAGCAGGAUCAAACAGGCUGCUUAAUUCGUUCUAGGAGCAGGUCUUGGAGACCAUGCUUUGUACAGGACCUCAUAGAAGGCUGCCUCGCUGCUUUAGGUCAUGCUGGUAGAAGAAAGUUGUUGUUUAGUUAGUGUGUUUAACCCUGUGGCCAGACUUGAUGCUUUGUGAAUAUUAAUCAUAGGAGCUAGGGAUGAUUUCUUUAUUAGAAAAAAAUAGUAGUGCGUGCUCACUGCUCUUAACUCCUGAAAAAAAGGCUUGUGAAAUAUAAACAAGAGAUUUCACAGAAGAAACUUGGUUUCAGGUUUUCUGGGGCUUUGCAGAUGGCUGAUCUCGGCCUCUGGCUUACCCACAGUGCUUUGUUGUUUUGGUUUUUUAAAUACUAUUUAAUUAGUAAACAACCUAUUUCAAACUUUGGUUUUCUCACAGCGAAAUGCAGGAUUAAGGAGUAGAUGACAGUGCCCAAGGUCAGUGAGGAUACUGAACAGAAAGGAACUUGGGGGAAUGCAGUAUAUGCCUAUUCUGCAGAGGAGAAAAGCAUCACUUGCUCUUAGUUUGUCUGACAUUUAUUCUAAACUGUCACCCCCAGGAAAGUCUCAUUUCAAUCUUUAGAGAGUCUGUGUGAUAAAAAAGGACACUGGCACGCACUUACAGUGCCCUUGCACUCUUUAUGUCAUCCUAUACUGUGAGAAAGCAGUUGUAAAUGCUGGCCAGUGUAAUUUCUUUGCAAGUGUGAGUGCUUUCUAAAUUGAAUUAACUCUCCAGUAUUUUUCAGCACAUACUCUGCCACCCCUAGAGAAUGCAGGAGGAGUUGCUCUGAGCGGAUACCAGUCUCCUGUUAUGUGAUAAGAUGGAAGAGGGAAAUAGCUGCCGGCAGAGUUCGUUUGGGAAGGCGGUCACACUGCUGGGCUCCGUUGCCUUGUGGAUGCAGCAGGCUCUUUUCCCUUGAGGCAUCCUCUGGCAGAGAUCCCAAUUCCCUCCGACGGGCUGCAGUUCAAAGCGUAGUGAAGUCAACACAGAAAAUUCCAUAUUCCUCAGUGGGCUUUGGAUUGGGCACUUGCAGGGAUGAGAAAAACUGUUUUAAUUCCCAGCGUCUGGUAAACAUUUCAAAGUCAGAGGGCUCUACUUGUUCUAAAAAAGAAAGAUGAUCUUAACCCUCUGGUCACUGGAAGUGUGUGUUCCAUGUGACUGUCAGAUGUACACGACAUAUGUAUGUUAUCUAAUGUGUCAGUAACACUUGCUUCAAGCGUGUUUCUGACAUUUAUUCUAAUCUGUUUCUCGAAGACUUACUGUAACUUUACACACCAUUCUGUCUGAUCUAGCAGCUUUUUUUUCCCAAAUGAUUUUUGCAAAGCAACAUUUCUGUCAUAUCCUUGCAGCUUCAUUCUCCCAUGCCCCCCAGUAGCAUAGACCAAACACUAAUUCUACCCAACUCUAAUGGUAUAUUCUUUAAAACUUUUUACUUAUCUAGGAGUUAGAACAAGGAGCUUCUUUCCUUGGGGACACCAGGGAAGAAGAUACUCUUUCACCAUUUGCUCAAUGUUACUUUUCAGUCCUCAAACCUGCAAAACUUCUCAUUUUGAAAUGCUGAUACUUUGAGAGAUGCUCUUCGAGGUUAUUUUUUGAGGUUAAGAAUAUUGUUUAUUUGUUCAUUUAACUGUUAAAACACGUAUUUUUUCCUUCCUUUUGAACCUUGCAGUUACAUUUCUAGACCCGGAUUUUCAGAAAUUACUGUUGUUUUUUCAUGCUGCCAUAAAAUUUGAACGUGAAUUUAAAUUUACCCCACACGAGAUGCUACAGACCAGCAUGAUUUUCAGAAAAUCUACAGGCCCUGGUAAGACAUUUCAAAUUUCAACUGCAAAAUUAAAGUUUUAGCUGCCUUUAAAAUUAGACAGUUUGCUAAUUAAGUUAAGCUAGAGGGCAUAGGGAUAGUCUGCAUAGAAGUUCUGAGAAUCCCCUGAAAAUACCCUAGGAAGGAACACGUGAUGCUAUGACAUGGGUGGUGUAAUGUGUUAUAUCAAUAACAGUUUGCCUAAACUGCCUAAAUCCUUUCUGACUUUGGCUCUUAGGAGUAAUGGAUCUUUCCCUCAUGCAGGUGGAUGAAAUCUCUUUACCAUGUCACCAGAUGCUCCCUAAAUAUACAGUCACUCUCAAACACACCUGCACAUGCCUCUGUGUGUGUGUACUCGGGUAGUCCGUUGGACUACAAGAAACCAAAUAUUUUGAUUUAUUUUGGAUGAGCAUGUGAGAAGAAUGGUUAGGAUGGGGAUUUUGGUGAAGUUCCAUGGAGGGAUAUCGCAUCAUGUGGCGGUUGUACUGUAGCUGUUAGGGAGGAAAGGAGAUUAGAGCAUGAAAAGUAUGCAAUCUGCCUCCCAGAAUUUCUGGUGAGUCAUAGAAAGUACAAGUUGUUUCAUGACUGUGGAAGGUACAGAGGCGUUGAGAAGCGAGCCCAGAGUCAGCCCUCUAAGAAGGUUUCCUAGAAAGGCUGAUGAGCUGUUUCUGAAAGUGCACAAUGAAACUGAGCAGAGUGAAAGUCCAGUGUGUGAGGAGAGGAACAUGUGUGGGACAUACGUACCUGGGCCUUUGUGGCCAGCAAAGGACACCAGCUUGAGAGGCCUUACUGAAUGUCAUCCUGAGUAACAUUUCUCCUAAGGGUGCAGCCUGGGGUGGACCUCAGAAGAUGAGGAGGGAAGAGAGCACAGAGCUUGCUGCCUUUGCCAGGUUCCCCUUCCUGUGCCUGUGACAGUCGAGGAAAUGCAAAGGGGACAAAGAUUUCCCAGCUCUUCCUGUGCUGCAGCAAGGCAGCUGUACUGAGCAGAGUGAUUUUUGACUUAGACACGUUCUCCGGUUUCCUCUCAGUGAGAUACGUUCUCUUUGAGUUUUGGCAGGUUUUCUUUUUAUAAUUUGAAGUUGGUUUUUACAGGUUUUCUCUAUUCCUUUCUUAUUUUGUAAGCGCAACCAGUUACGUGCAAGUUUUCUGUCCAAACCAACCAAGUGCAGGCUGGCAGAGUGAUUGGUUCUUCCCUGUUCGAUUCCUGGCCUGGAAUUCCUCAAGAUCUACCUUUUUGCUUCGCUGACUUUCCCUGCUCCUUGGCAAUGCAAAUGCAAGUGUUGACUCAUGAGUUUUUUGGUACCUCCCUCUUUCUGUGCUUAUGGUACCGGGUCUUCCAGCAGGAAGGGUCUGGCAGAGCCAGCUGUUUGCAAAGCUGUGCCUGGUGCAUCUGAUAAACGUCAGAGUCUCUAUGGGAUGAGAUUAUGCAUUUUCCUAUCAGAAGAGGGCUUUUUGCCUAAAAAGACUCAGGGCACUGAGCAUUAAGACGUUUUUUAAACCCAGCAAUAACUUCUACUAUGCUAGACUAUAUUGGUUUUUACCAACUCCAGUGCCAUUUAGACUCAUUCACCAAAAUGGUGUAGAAUCAAGCUUUUAACCGAGCUGCAAUUAACAUUUUUCUCAGCUGAUGGUCUCUACAUUUUUAACUUACACGUGUGCCAAGUUCCACUGGGCAGUGCUGGACACAGUGUUUUUAUUGAUUGUUGGUCCAGACUGGAGUUUGUCAUAUGGGAUAAUCAUCUCUAACAGUGAAGUACUUUUAGCUUUCUCUAUUGGGUACAGAUGUUACAUCGUAAUCUAAUUUAUACAAAGAGCACAUUAGAAUGUAUAUACUAGGCAUUGCCAGAUUUGGACAUGCUAAUAUUUAAAGAUUAACAUUAUUAAAAUGUAUGAUGCAAAAAUCUGUGUAAUAUUUCUAAUAAAUCUUUUUCUGUUUCUGA